AUGCUGCGUGACCUCUACGUCAGAUACAUGUGCCAAGCAACUCAAGUGGUGAACACGACGGACCGUCGAGUAGUUGUGUACCUGGACGAGAGCUUCAUAAACCAGCACUACAAGAAGAACGACAUAUCAAUGUACGACCCGAAAGACAAGCUGGACGUUAAGCCCAAGGCACGGCACAAGGGGCGUCGUUACUGCUUCAUCGCCGCGAUCGUCGACGGUGGUCCCGAUGCCUCGCGUGUCCUCUGCUACGAGAAGUUCCCAGAGUGGCCCUAA